UUUUUGCCUCCAAUGGGAAGUCCAAGUCCAACAGAAAUUUCCUCAAAUCAACAACAACAACCACAACCAAUACCUGCCAAAUCCCCUCCCACAAUUAACAACGAAAAUAUUCAUUUAAAUAAUUUUGACAAUUUACAAAAAUUAUUUUUCCAACCAAAUAUUUCAUAUAAUUCUUUAGCACAAUCAAAUCUAGCUCAAGCAUUGUUGUUGUUACAACAAAAUAAUUAUAAUAAUAACCAAAUUUCGGCAAAUUUCCGUCCAAUAGUAACACCAAGUAAAUAA